GAGCGGAAGUUGCAGCGUGGCGUUGAAUUCUACUUUGACGUCACUCUUUUAAACAAGUGAGCGAGAGAGAGCGCAGGGCGGUGACGAUUAAAAGCCACACAGACACACACGGACACACACCCACUCGGGUCGACCUGCCUCUGCCUUAAUGCCUUCAUUUGAGGAGAUCAAUCCUUCAUCUUUGGCGAUGUAAACGGCAGCGUGGGUGUCAUCUGGUGCCGCUCCCUUCUGAAACACACAAGGAAGCGAUUCAUCCAAGUGUAUUUAUAGAACCAAACCAGGUGCUUUCAAAAUGAUGCCAGGGAUUUCAGAGGUGAAGAAGAAGUGGGCAGCGGUUCGCGGCCGCCUGGGAUCAUCGCAGGACUCAGACACCCAACAGGAAGCCAACUUGGAGAAUGCUGAUCCGGAGCUCUGUAUCAGACUGCUCCAGGUUCCCACUGUGGUUAACUAUUCCGGCCUGAAGCGGCGCCUGGACGGAAGCGACCAGACAUGGAUGGUCCAGUUCCUGGAGCUGAGCGGGCUGGAUCUCCUCUUGGAGGCGCUGGACCGCCUUUCGGGCCGAGGUUGCUCUCGCAUCGCAGACGCCCUUCUGCAGCUCACCUGUGUCAACUGCGUCCGUGCUGUCAUGAACUCUUCAGCAGGGAUCCACUUCAUCAUUGAGAACGAGGGAUACAUCCGGAAGCUCUCCCAAGCCUUGGACACCUCCAACACCAUGGUAAAGAAGCAGGUGUUUGAGCUACUUGCAGCCCUCAGCAUGUUCUCAACAGAUGGUCAUCGCCUUGCCCUGGAUGCUCUGGACCACUACAAGGGUGUGAAGACGCAUCACUAUCGCUUCAGCGUGAUCAUGAACGAGUUGCAAGCCACAGACAACGUUCCUUACAUGGUCACGCUCCUCAGUGUCAUCAACGCCCUCAUUUUCGGCUGCGAUGACCUGAGGCAGAGAGAUAAGAUGAGGAAGGAGUUUAUCGGGCUUCAAGUUCUUGACAUUUUACCAAAAUUAAGAGAACAGGAGGAUGAAGACUUGAUUAUUCAAUGUGAAGCUUUUGAAGAGGCAAUGGCUGAAGAUGAGGAGGAGCUCUUGCGAGUGUAUGGCGGGAUCGACAUGAGUAAUCACCUGGAGGUCUUUACAACUCUCUUUAACAAGGUGAGCAGCUCCCCAGCUUCUCUCCAGCUGCUGUCCAUCCUGCAGACACUGCUCCUGCUGGGGCCAAGCCGCUCUGAUAUCUGGUUGGCUCUGGAGGCCAUCACUAAUAGAGCCAUACUGUUGGCAGAGGACUCUCAGAUAGGGUCAUUUGAGAAGAUUAUGGAGCGUCUGAUGUUCUCCAAGGGCAAGUACUCUGAGGGUGAUCAAGAAGUGGAUGGCGAGCCUGUCAGAGUGGACGAGGCUUCACAGACUGGUCAGCAAGACCAAAAGCAGCUGGACAAAUGCUCAGCAUCAUCUCAGGAGCCACUCUUUGCUUCUCCGCCGCCACCGCCACCACCACCACCACCGCCGCCGCCACUUCCUCCAAAUAUGACAGGAGGUUCUCUUCAGUGCCCACCACCACCUCCUCCACUCCCUGGUGGAUUUGCUGGACCUCCACCACCCCCUCCUUUACCUGGAAUGAUGCUACCACCACCACUACCUUGCGGUCCUGGUAUGGCUCCCCCACCGCCUCCCCCUCUCCCAGGUAUGAGCAACGGACUACCGCCACCACCUGCCUUACCUGGCAUGCCACCACCUCCCCCCUCAGACAUUAUAGUGGCUCAGAGCAGCUAUGUUCUCGGAUGCAGCAUACCUGCAAGAUGUCCCACUCUGAGGAUGAAGAAGCUCAACUGGCAGAAACUCAGAUCUGUUACAGAUGGUCACUCCAUGUGGGCUUCGGUUCAGAAAGAGCCUUCUCCUCACAAGCCGGACUAUAGCAGUAUCGAGGAGCUGUUCAGUCUCCCGGUGACUGAGCGCAAAGACAAGGGGGCAGCUGCUCCUGUGAAGAAGGAGCCAAAAGAGAUUUCUUUCAUUGAUCCAAAGAAAAACCUGAAUCUAAACAUAUUCCUGAAGCAGUUCAAAUGCUCCAAUGAGGACUUUGUGGUGAUGAUUCAGAAAGGUGAUAGAACCAGGUUUGAUGUAGAGGUGCUAAAACAGCUCCUGAAGCUCCUGCCAGAGAAGCAUGAGAUUGAAAACUUGAAGUCUUUCCAAGGGGAAAAGGAAAAAUUGGCAAAUGUUGAUCGUUUCUUCACAUCGCUCCUCACUGUCCAAUGUUAUCAGCUGAGGAUUGAGUGCAUGUUGUUGUGUGAGGAGACUGCAUCAGUGUUGGACAUGCUCCAACCUAAAGUCAAGCUGCUUGAUGAGGCCUGUCAUGCUCUCAGGACAAGCACGCUUAUUCCCUCUUUCUGUAGGCUUAUCCUCGACGUGGGCAAUUUUCUCAACUACGGAAGCCACACAGGAAAUGCCGAGGGAUUCAAGAUCAGCUCGCUUCUCAAGCUUACAGAAACUAAAGCCAACAAGAGCCGCAUUACACUGCUUCAUCACAUCUUAGAGGAAGCAGAAGAAAACCAUCCAGAGCUAUUGGCAUUGCCAGAGGACAUUGAAACCUGCCAUAAGGCUGCAGGAGUGAAUCUGGAUUCUGUCCAGUCCGAAGCCAACACCUUACUUAAACGACUGAAUGAAGCGACCAGGAAAGUCUCCAACUCUGUGGAAGAUGUGAAGGAGCAAUAUGCAAAAGUUCUUGAGGAAAAUCUGGAGGCGUGUCGUACUUUGAGUGAAAGAUUUGUGGAUAUUGACAAGAAAAGGAGUGAACUAGCUGUCUACUUGUGUGAAGAUGCCAGUAAGCUGUCGCUCGAAGAGCUUUUUGGAACAAUCAAGACUUUCCGGGAACUUUUCAUCAAGGCACUGAAGGACAAUAAGACCAGGAAAGAGCAGGCAGCCAAAGCUGAGAAGAGAAAGAAGCAGCUGGCAGAGGAAGAGUCCAAGAGACAGAAGGGAGAGAAUGGAAAAAUAAUCAAGAAAGGCUUUGUGCCACAGGACGACGGCUGCAUAAUUGACCACCUGCUUGCGGACAUCAGGAAGGGUUUCACCCUAAGAAAGACCAGGCCAAGGUGCGAUUCGGAAAGCCUCCCUCAUAGUGAAAUGAGUAGGGAUACCUGCCCACCUGGGUCAACUGUGAAGCCUGCAGGCGAAAAAGUCGCAGAAGUAGCCUGCACCGUUUCUACUCCUAUUACACUUCCAACAGAGGCUCACCAAGUUGGCACAGGCGAGGUCAACGGCUUCAUCAGCUCACCAAACGAGGCUCCUUCGAUGCCUCAGGCUGUGAUGCAAGUGGCUACCUCACCCCAACCAACUCCAGGGGAAGCCGCCUCGAUUGCACCGGCACCCCCGGAAAGGCCGACAUUGCUACAGGAGGAGCAGAGCUCAGCCAUGCCUACAGUUCCCCAAACUAACCUUCAGGUGGAACCCAAGCCAUGUCUCCUCACAGAUGGUUUCUCUGUAGAUUCAACCGAAACCAGUGUACUCAGCCCAUGCUCCCUGUCAGACACCGACCUGAUCGACGCUGUGUUAGAGGAAACUUCCAGCUUGGUACCUGAGAAGUUAACACCUGAGGAGCCAGCAGACAUUAGUGUGAAUGUUGAACUCGCAGGAAACACUGCUGCUAGAGAAAGGAAUCCAAAGAUGGAUGAGGACAGUCAAACUAGUAAUAAGAGUUGUUUAAAAGAGGCUGAAGGAAAAGAGGAAGGUCUAGAUUUGCACGCUGCUAAACCACCUGGGCAGAACGUGGUCGUGAGCUGUGUGCCUGCAGACCCCAAAAGCAACAAGACCCAUACUGAGAGCAUCUUGGGUUGUGAUGUCCAAGAUGGAGUUGAAUUUGAAGAUACUUCAUCACUAAACCCCGAACCAAAGAAACAGCCAAGCUUCUUUAAACGCAACAAAAAGAGGAAUCCAGGUAACAGUGGGAAAGGACACAUUAAACCUAAAAAGGGCUGUGUGUUGCAAUGAGGCGAUUCCAAAAAAAGGAGAUCAAGAGGAAAAAGGAAAAAGUUGACGUCACAGCAGCUGUAAACUGGCAGGACUCCAGUGUGCAAUAUAUUUUAUGAGAUUGCAGAAGAUUGUUUUCUAGACCAAGAAGCGUUUAUAAUCUCGAUCAUCCGAGGCUGGGACUAUGACAACAUUUUGAGUGUAAAGACGUCACCAUGUAAAUGAAUUGUUUUUGAUUGUGACAGAAAAGAGUUGGAAAAUGUGCUUUAUAUGUUUUGUAUCGUAAAAGUGGUAUGUGUUUGCUUUCACCAAUUUAAGACGCUAAUAUAAAAAGAUGGGAGAAAUAUUUAAACAUGUUCUGAUGUAUAAUAACCACUAUCUUAAUGACGGCAUAUAAUGUAACUUAAUGAUUAAUCUUUUAAUAAAAGUAA